GAAACGUUGUGGACUGAUAUUUUAAAACAUUUCUGUACAACUGAGCUUUAACUUUCGCUUGAAAUGAGCAGUCGGGCAGGCUACUUCCUUUCUACAAGAAGUUUCCUGAGUAUAACAGUCAUACUCAUAAGAGUAACUGCCAUCAACACGCGCGAGGGAAGUCGCACAUGCUUCUUGAGGUUGAGAAAACAACAAUGAAAAUGUCACACGAGAAUAACUUUACAAAAAUGGAUGAUGCCACCUUGGCCAUGUUUGACAACAAAUGGGCCAGUAAUCUUGUUUCAGCCGUCUACGUCGUAGUGACUCUGGCCAACCUCAGUGGUAAUGGAAUCUCUCUGUUUCUGCUGUUGGUACGCACCUCUCCGAAGAGCCCGUCGAUCAUCUUCAUGAUCAACCUGACCCUGACUGACUUGAUUCUAGGAACUGUGCUUCCAUUUCAGAUCGUCUACCAAAUGCAGGGCUACAACUGGACUUUGGGUACGGGGAUGUGCAAUGUGCUGACUGUUGUAUUUUUCGCAAACAUGUACUGCUCUGUUUUGUCCAUGACUGCCAUCAGUGCUGACCGCUAUCUGGGCAUCGUGAAACCGAUGCGUUUCAGAGAGAUGAGAAAGAAUAAAUAUGCAGUCAUGGUCUGUAUAUUUAUGUGGCUAUUGGUCCUUGCAAUUCUGAGCCCUCUGGAAAGCUCAGAUCUGACAUAUUAUGUAAAAGAGCGUGAAAUCUUCACCUGCUUCGACGUGUUAAGGAAAGACAUGUUACCAUCCAUUGCCCACUGGGCGGGCUUCCUGUUCGGGAUGUUUAUUGUUCUCUUCCUCUGUCCGUUCAUUAUAACGUUGUAUUGCUACAUUCAUAUCAUCUAUGUGCUGGUCAGGAAGGCUAACAGUCAUCAAAAAGGGCGUGCCGUGCGCCUGGCAUGCGCUGUUUUGUUUGUGUUCAUAUUUUGUUUCGCACCCACUAACAUAUUACUUUUGGCACACACGAUUACAAGACUGUACUAUGGCAAAUCUCUUUAUAUCUACUAUAAGCUUUCCCUCUCUCUCAGUUGCAUUAAUAGUUGCAUAGAUCCAUUUAUAUAUUAUUUUGCCUCCAAAGAGUUCCGUCGAAAGCUAAGACAAAUGCUGAGGUUACAGACUCUCAGCACGACAGAGACUCAAAUGAUCGAGGGCCAUAGGGAGAGCAUGUUGUCUGGUGCUGCUCUGCCAAAUGUGUCAGACACGGUGUGAUAACCAGGAGGCCACCGCUCUGACAUAACUUUCAACAUUUCUAACAACCAGUAUAAUUCAUAAAGAAUAUUCGGAGAAGGACUAUUUUUUCUUAGAUAAGUUUUAGUUGUUUUGUGUUGCAUCUUGUAUUUGUUGAAAAAGCAUGCCACUCACAUGCCUUUUCAAAACAUGGCAUGUGAUGUUUGUGUUAUUAUUUUUCUGGUACUGGAAUAACCAAGUUCCUCUCACUGAGGCUAUUGCAAAAGUUGUGUGUUGUUUUGAAAAAAAUAACAGUUUUGUAUUGGUACUGUGAAGCAUUAUUAGGAAACUAUUUCAUAUUUCAUGUUUUGGGCUAGCUGUAAAAAGUAAAAAAACAGUAUAAUAGAAAGACUUGGGGCAGCUAUUGAACAUCUGAGAAUGAUUUAUGCUGUAAUAUGUGCUGUUUGAGUUUUUUCAUAACUUUUAACUUAAGGUGAAAAAUAUUGCUGCAUUAUACUGUGUUUUACUGUUUUAAUGUAUAGUGCACUCAGGGUGUACACUUUUGUGUUAACGCCCCUGUUGUAACAAAGUCACUGUGUGUCAUCUUAAAUGUAAUAAAAACAUGUUUUUGCA